AUGCGUUCAUUGAACAACCCGUUCAUGGUUGUCGCAGGUCCACAUGCGGAGAAUCUCCCUCGCAUUCAAUACAAACGGCAUUCGAGUCUCACCGACGCAGGCGGCGUUCUGCCAAGCCAGUCCCCUCUCGCUCAGCAUAACACAAACACGUGGAUGCUUUUGUUGUGGCUGAUGGCUAAUCGAUCGACGGAGACGUCCACUGUACGUGGACGAGCUCUGCCAGGUGGUGUGGAAAUGUGGGCAAAACAAAGUCUGUUAGAGAGAGGCGUGCGAAUAUUGGCGGAACAGACGACGACGACGAUGACGUCCCAUUCGCCCAAGUCGAUUGUGCACCUCACGACCGGAACGAAGGCGUCGCGGGAACCCUACGUCCCAGUUUGUGUAAUUUGUCUGCUCCAUGCUGUGCCAUGCCCAGGCGCCAUUCAACACCGGCUUGUGUAG